UCCUGCAGCAGCAUGGACAGUUAGUUGUGGUGGUGUGAGGAGAUGUCUGUAGAGAUGGUGGAGCUCUCGGUAAAAGCGUCAGAGCCGGUCCGACCCGCCGGGAUCCUGCAGCAGAACCGCGUCUUCCUCGACUUCUUCUGGGACUUGGCCAAACCGGAUCAGGAGGUCCGGCUGAAGGCGGUGGAAAACCUCAUCCAGUACCUGAAAACUAAUAACAAGGCAGAUGAGUUGGAAUACACCUUUAAAAGACUGGUGGAUGGACUGGCGCACACACGAGAGACUGCGAGACCUGGAUUCAGCCUGGCUCUGGGACAGGUCUUGAGUGCCUUUGAGGAGAUCUCUCUGCAGAGUAUAUUCGACAGAAUCGAAGAAAAGCACAAUUUGCAGACAGUGAAAAAGAAACUUGUCAGAAAUGCUUUGUUUGGAAACUUGUUUGGCGUCCUCGCCCUUCAUCAGUCCAGCCGCCUCUCUAAAGAGCCUCAGGUGGUGUUGGGAUGUGUGAAGCUCCUCCAGAGCCUCGGCCAGCACAGACAACACCUCAAGGAUCUGCCCACUAAGACCAUGAUGGACAUCCUCAAUGAGAUCUCAGAGGAUGUGUUUGAGGAGGUCCUGCUGGGCGCUCUGCAAACUGACCUGGCAUCAGCCUUCAAUACUCCAGAGCAGCUGCAGCUGCUACUGGUUGCACUGCAGCGCUUCCCACAAACCCUCAAACCCAAGAAACUGAAGAAGCUGCUGGGCUCCUCGACCAUCAUCAACACUGACAACAUCCCAAAGUUGACAGAGGUGUUAAAGACGGCGGCCCGCUCGGUAAAGAAGGAGUGUGUCCUCCCACCAGUGGUCCUGGACCUCCUGAAGCUCUCUCUGAAGGAAGACAGCUUCCAGCUCUUCUGGAAUAAAGCCAUCAUCCACGGCAUGUUGAAGGAGCAGCCCGGGCCAACUCAUUACCUGAGCUUCCGUCUGCUGGGCAGUGCCCUGCCUCAUCUGUCUGUAGCCCAGCUGAAGGAGGUGUUGUCUGGAGAGGUGAUGAUGCAGUAUGGGGAACAUGUGGUGUCUGCUCAGAAACCAGACCGCUUCAAGCUGGCUCCAGAGAUGGAGGUCUACGUGUCAGACUUCUUGCAGGGCUGUCAGGACUCAGACAAACAGCUGGCAGUGAUGGUGGGCUUCUCCUCGCUGACCAACCAGGGUUACCCUGUGGUGCCGUCGGUGUGGAGGGUGGUGCAGCAUCUCCAGCCUGCAGCUCUGCAGAGCUACGUGGAGUGGCUGAAGAACAUGUUCAUGCAACCUCAGCUGGACAAGCUGCUGGACUUCAGCACUCGCAAGCAGAAAGGCAAUCAGGAAGGACGGGAACAGAGGGAGGACUCCAUAUUCCGCCUGAGGAAGUGGAUUGUUGCCCGGCUCACCUCAAUCGUUGACAACCACCAGGUGAAGAAGCAGGAGGAUCUCAUCAUGGAUGUGGCCAGGUUCGUCUUUUUCCACGCUUUCUUCAGUGCCAAGAAGGCCACAGCCGACAUCGCAGAGACGAAGGGGAAGCUUUCCGUCCCAUUGGAUGAUAAAACCAGAGGAGUGCUUGUCAGUUCUUUCUUUGGACUCCUUAUGUCCAUGCACCACCUGCCCCUCACGGAGGACUCAGCCGAGGGCACGGCUGUGAACCAAAAGCGGGCUCUGGGUGUGACGGCCGAUGGCACCAUGUGGAUCUACCACCUGGUCCAGUACGCCCAAGUCCUUCUUAAGCAGCCAAAAUGCGUCCAGAGCAGCCAGCCUUUCAGCCCCGAGCAGAGACAGGCCUGGGACAGCAUGCUGGAGUCGGUGGCAAACCUGAAGAAGAAAUCGAAGAAAGGCCAGACAGCAGAGAGCAGCGCGUUCCAGCAGCUCUUCCUGUUGGUCGGCAUGCACCUCUUCAAGGCCCCUGAGGAGCUGCUGGACAUCAUGAAAGACCUGCAGAGCUGUGUUGAUAAAGCCCAGGAGAAGAAAACCAAGAAGAAAAAAAAGAAACAAGCCACAGAGCAGGAGGAGGAACCUGAUUGGGCGGAGGUGAUGGUGGACAUCUUGUUGUCCCUGCUGUCCCAGCCGAGCCGACAUAUCAGACAGGUCUGCAAAACUGUCUUCUCCUCCAUCUGCCCCCAUGUUACCGCAGCAGCCCUCACCGCCAUCUUGGAUGUUUUGGACCCAGAGAAUAAUGACGAGGAGGACAGCGCUGUGGUCGUCACUGACGACAACGACACCAACAAAGCCCAGAAGAAGAAAUCAAAGGAAGAAGAUGGUGAGGAACAUGAUGAGGAAAUGGAGGAUGACACGUCAGACAGAGCAGAUGAAGACUCUGACAGUGAUGAGGAUGAUGAGGCAAUGGAAGAGGAGGAGGAGGAAGAAGAGGAAGAGGGGGAAGAGGAUGAGGAGGAUGAGGAGGAGGAUGAGGAGGAGGAGGUGGAGGGGAUGGAGCAAGAGGUGGACCAAAAUUUCCGUUUGGAGUUGAUGAAGGUGUUGCAGCAGCAGAAUGCUCUGGCCACAGAGGAGGAUGGCAGCAGUGAUGAAGAUCUGGAUGAUGAAGCCAUGAUGGAGCUGGAUAAGAGCCUGUCGGCGCUGUUCUCAGAGCAGAAGAAAAAGACCCAGGCCAAGAAGGAUGAGAAGUCCAAACUACAGAAAGAGAAGACUCUGGUCCGAGACUUUAAGAUCAAGGUGUUAGACCUCAUCGAGGUGUUCGUGGCCCGGCAGGCUGGCAGUCCUCUCGUGUUGGGUUUGGUGGAGCCUCUGCUCACCAUCAUCGACAGAGGAAUGAGCGGCGACAGCCACCAGCAGGAGCAGGAUUUCCUCCGCCGAGCUGCAGACAUCUUCAGGAACCAGCUGUGUAGAUCCAAAGUUUACUGCAGGACUGUUGGUGACAGACAGGGGGAGCUCCAUGACCUGCUGGACAAACUGAUGACUAAAACCCAGAAACUGUCUGACUCCUCAGUCUGCCUCUACUACUUCAGUGCGUCUCUGUACGUGGUGAAAGUGCUGCGAGGAGCUCCUCCUGCUGAGACCAAAGAGGAGCAGACUGCCGAGAAAGCUGCAGCAAACGACUUGAUGUUCAUGGGGAAUGUGGAUGUGGAUCGGGUCUCCACCAUCUUCAGAGAGGCUCUGACCUCCUUCAUGAGCAGGAGGAAGAGCCCUCUGACCACUCAGAUGUUCACAGACUUGUUCAACAGAUUCCCCGUUUUGUGUGUGAAUCUGUUGGAUACAGCAGUGCAACACAUCACAUCUGCUGUCAGAGAACACCAGAAGGGCCAAGCGUGUGUGUUGGUGUUGCGGGCGCUGCAGAGCAGGGAGGUUCAGCAGCUGCUGAGCGGCGCUCCAUGGACAGAGCUCUGUGUGAAGAUCACAGGUCAGCUAGCAGCGAGUCUUCAGCUGGUGGGUCAAACUGAGAGCAAGGUGGUGAAAGAGAAGGUGGUGAAAACCCUGGAGCUCUGUCAGUUCCUGGUUAAGCACAUUCACCAGCAGAAGCUGACUGUGGACCUGGAGCCAGUACAGAAGGUCCUGCUGUCCCUGACCAGCGUCAUCACGUUCAAGAAGACCGGCAAGCUGGAAGACACCUACUGGGCUGUGAUGAAACACUUUGGAGUCAUGAAACCCAAGGUAGAAAAGACAAAGUCUGACAAGGAGGCCGACCAACAGCCAGUUUCCAAGAAGAAGAAGAAAGGCUUUCUACCUGACACAAAAAAGCGUAAAAUGCGCAAGAAGCCUGUUUUAGAGCCAGCAGCAGACAACUCAACUCCCACAGACAAACCAGGGGCAGCCAAAGGACAGGCCAAAAAGAAACAUGACAAGAAAACAAAGCAGAAACGACCAGCCGACGGCGCAGCAGCUUCUCAGCCCAACCCGGCCAAGAAAAGCAAGACACAGUCUGAGAGCAAACCAGCAAAGAAGAAGAAGAAGAAACCCAAACAGAAGAAAGAUGGAGCAGGUCAAAUGUAAAGCGGACACUGCUAUUUUAAUGGACACAAAGAAGUUUUUGUUAAUUUCUUUUUGAAGAGGCUGUGCUUUCGUCUGUUAAUUUUUCUACUGUGCAUGCAGUCGACUUCUUGGCUGCAAGUUCUGGCAAUAUGUUGGUAUGUUUCAGUAUGAAAUAAUUCCAUAUUGAAAUUGUCAGAUGUUUGGGAAGUGAAUUAAGACACAUUAUUUUUCUAAUGUGUGGCUCUUGAUUAAAUAAAUAUAUCUACAACAAGUUAACUUCUCUUCCCAAAAAUCCAUCACAAACCUGCUCCCAUGCCCUUCAUCAUCACUUGAAAAUGAGAGGAUGGUCUUCAUUUUUUUUUUAAGGUUGAUAACAAUGUAAGGUUGAUACCUGUCAUGGCCUGGAGUUGAAAAUCAAAAUUUAUAAAAAUAAAAAAUUUGAUAUACAGCACUGUGCAAAGGUUUUGGGCCCUUAAAAGUAAAGUUAACUUCAUACAAAGUUCAGUAAAGACAAAAAAACUAAAUUAAAUUGGUAUUUGUUGUGACCAUCCUUUGACUAUUAGGACUUGUGCACAGUUUUUCAAGGUAUUUGGCAGGUAGGUUGUUGGAAGCAUCUUGGAGAAGCAUCUUGGAAAACUUGCCACAGUUCGUCUGUCACAGUGUCUUCUGUCUCUUCAUGUAAGUCCAGACUGACAACAUGAUGCUGAGAUCAGGACUCUGUGGGAGCACCGACCAUCUGUUACAGGACUUCUUGUUCUUCUUGUUACUGAAGAUGGUUCUUUAUGACUCAUGAAUCAGAAUCGAAACAUCUCAGGUGCCUAAAACUUUUGCGCAGCACUGUUUAUUUUGUCAAAAAAUAACGAGAAUACAUCUGUAAAGUACUUGCCAUGUGAAGUAGGAUGUAAACUUCCCCCAGGUUGCUAAAACCUGAUUCCCAGGAAAAACACCAAGGACAUGGCCUCAGUGUUCUCAGUUGUAUUGAUUGUACAGCAGCUACUUUAACUAGAUACCAUUAGUCAAAAAGUAUAAACCUUGUGGUAUUCUAUAUUUUUGUUAACCAACAAAACCAACAAUGUGUUUGUCCGUCUUAGUGUGCUCUGACUUCCCUUCUCUGUCUGUGGCUCACAGCCCAAAGUCCACCGGUCAAUAGUGAAAACAAACUUUAAUAAAAAAAAGUCAC